AGAAAUGAAGUCCCCUCACUUUUCCUUGCUCCCAUUUCUUUUAGUUGUUCUCUUUUCAUUGUCUGCAACAACUCUAGCUCAUUCUCACGAGGAUUUCCUUCAUUGCCUUUCUCUUCGUUCAGCAAAAUCUGAUUCCAUUUCAAGGGUCAUUUACACGCAAAAUAAUUCCUCAUAUUCAUCUAUUUUGGAAGCUUCCAUUCAAAAUCAUAGGUUCUCCACACCAGCUACACCUAAACCCUCUGUCAUUGUAACACCACUGCAAAUAUCCCAUAUCCAAGCAACAAUUUAUUGUUCAAAAAAGAAUGGGCUCCAAAUUAGAAUUCGAAGUGGUGGCCAUGACUUUGAGGGUCUUUCUUAUGUUUCUGAAGUUCCGUUUGUCAUCCUUGAUUUGCUUAAUUUUCGAGCAGUUGAGGUUGACACAAAAAAUAAAGUUGCGUGGGUUGAAUCUGGCGCAACUAUAGGUGAAUUAUAUUACAGAAUUGCUGAAAAAAGUAAAACUCUUGCCUUCCCAGCUGGUGUUUGCCACACUGUAGGUGUUGGAGGGCAUUUUAGUGGGGGUGGUUAUGGCAUAUUGGUGAGGAAAUAUGGUCUUGCCGCUGAUCAUGUAAUUGAUGCCCACUUAAUUGAUGUCAAGGGAAGAAUUAUUGACCGGAAAUCCAUGGGUGAGGAUUUAUUUUGGGCCAUUCGAGGAGGCGGAGGAAAUACCUUCGGAAUUGUUCUUGCUUGGAAAGUAAAGUUAGUCUCCAUUCCAGCAGUUGUGACUGUUUUCACAGUCAACAGGGACUUGGAACAAAAUGCAACCAAAAUUGUUCAUCGUUGGCAAUACAUUGGACACAAGCUUCCUGAUGAUAUUUUUACCGAUGUCACAAUAACAAAGGUGAAUUCCAGUCAAGAAGGGAAGAAAACAAUUCAAGCUGCUUUCAAAGCCUUGUUUCUUGGUGGGGUUGAUAAGCUAAUUCCGUUGAUACAAGACAGGUUUCCUGAGCUCGGAUUGGUAAAAGAAAACUGCAUCGAAAUGAGUUGGGUUGAGUCUAUUCUCUACUUUGGUGGAGUUUCAACAAAAAGUUUGGAUAUUUUGCUUGAUAGGAAUGCUCUUCCAAAACAAAUUUUCAAAGCAAAAUCUGACUACUUGAAGGAACCUAUUCCUGAAAGCGGAUUUGAGGGGAUUUGGCCAAAGUUUUUUGAGAAAGAGGCGGAAGUUUCGCUUAUGAUGAUGGAAGCUUUUGGUGGUAAAAUGGAUGCAAUUCCAGAAACUGAACUUCCAUACCCGCAUAGAGCUGGCAACUUGUACCAAGCCUCAUACCUUGUGGGAUGGUCCAAAGAAGAAAAUGCAGAAUCUCAAAAAUACGUUAGCUGGAUCCGUAGACUUUACAGUUACAUGGCCACUUACGUCUCAAAAUCACCGCGAGAAGCAUAUUAUAAUUACAGGGAUCUAGAUAUUGGAACUAAUAACAAUGGCUACACAAGUUAUGCACAAGCCAGCAUUUGGGGUCGUAAAUAUUUUAAAAAUAACUUCAACAGAUUGGUACAUGUAAAGACCAUGGUUGAUCCUGAGAAUUUCUUCAAGAAUGAACAAAGUAUCCCUCCUAUUUCACCUUCGCAGAAGAAGAAAGGUCACUAGAGUUGAGGAGUUCAUAUUUUUGUUAAACAUAUGAAUAAAAGUUUCGAUCAUGAUGGAUUUAGUGUCAGUUCUAAUAGAUAAUAACCUUACAUUUGUUUUACAAUAACUUUGAUGUAGUUUUUGUUCAUCAUAAUUUUGACUUAAACUUUGAUCACUGUAACAAACAGCCUUAAAGUGGGUUGCAUGGAAAGCAGGGGGUACAAGACCCCUGCAUAAUCGGCAAACAAAUGAAGUUUUAUA